AUGUCAACCACAUUGGAUCUGAGCCGGGUGCCCGCCGCCGACCCCCCCGCGGGGGUGACAGCCAACUUUGAAAACCCGCCCAAUCAGAACUAUCAGAUCUAUUCGAUCAAUCUCGCUCUGUGCUUCACGGGAACUGCCGUGCUGUUGUUGCGACUGUAUACUCGGGCGGUUCUGCAGAAGACGAUUGCCCUCGACGACUGGUUCGUGAUCGGGGCUCAAAUCUGCGCGUGGAUUUUUGCUAUUUUGGGCAUUAUCAACAUUGACAACGGGUAUGGGGUGCACAUCUGGGAUCUGUAUCUCGACCGAAUCAAGCCCUUCAAGCAGAAUGACCUCGCGGGUGAAGACGUCUUCGUGGUCGGCAUCUGGCUGGUCAAGACCUCGAUUCUGCUCUUCUUCCUGCGCCUCAGUCCCGAGAAGCGGUUCCGCCAGAUGACCUACGGCAUCAUGAUCUUUGUCGCCGUGUACAACAUGAUCAGUCUGCUCGUCUUCACUCUGGGCUGCAUUCCGGCCCAGGCCAUGUGGGAUGUCACGCUGAUGCCGACUGCGCGGUGUGUCGAUCAGCUGGCCUUUGUGUACGCCAACGCGGCCUUCAACCUGUUCUCCGACCUCAUCACCCUCGCCCUGCCCAUCCGGCUCUGCUGGUCGCUCCAGACCACCUUCAAGCAGAAGGUGCUUCUCAUGAUGGUCUUGAUGAUGGGUUCUUUUGCUUGCGUGAUUGCGAUCGUCCGCAUUGUCACGAUGAUGCCGUUCGUCCACGACAGUGACCUGACCUGGUACAAGGUGACCCUGGCCAAAUGGGCAAUGGUGGAAAUCAACGUGGGCAUCAUCUGCGCCUGUCUCCCCGUGCUCCGGCCGCUCCUCCUGCAGAUCGCCCCGCACCUCUUCGGCAGCAAGAUCUCCAGCGCGGGCAAGCCUCGCGGCCAGGGCAGCGAUGGCAGUGACCCUGUGGGGGCACGCAAGAAGGUAAUCCGCAACUGGGACUACCUGUCCACCCUGCGCAGCGCCGCAGUCCCGGAGACGCAGGACGACGUGGAGGCGAUGCACGCGAUGGUCAAGCACGAUAAAAACGGGCAUGCGGCGGGCAUUGUGAUGUCAACGGACUAUUCGGUGACUAGCAAGCGGGAGUAA